UUGGAAAAAGAGUUAAUGUUGGGGAGUAGAAGUGCAAAUUCACGUAAACAAAAAGCAAGAAUCUUUCGCGGCUUCUCGAUCCUUCCACGAGCUGACUGCCACAACGAAUUCAUCACUUUACAACUACUAAUAUAUCUAUUCCCCACUCUUCCAUCAACCUUCAAUACAACAUCCUCGCACCCUUCAAUCAGACAACAAUCGGAGAUAUUGGUGGUUUGGUGGCUGUUGGAGAAAUUGAGAAUGACUCGGGGAAACCAGAGAGAAAGGGAUAGGGAAAGGGCUCAAGCAAGGGCAGGCCACAAGCCCAAGCAGUCUAAAGGCGAUGGAUUGACCCCCGAGCAAAGACGAGAGAGGGACGCAAAGGCACUUCAAGAAAAGGCAGCUAGGAAAGCGGCGGCUCGAGGGAACAAUACUACCAAUAAUAAAUAGUGUACCGGAUUGGGCAGUCGCCGGUGUUUGUAAAAUUUAAUUUAAUUUGUUGUGUCUGCUGUGGCCAUUUGUUGUCUUUUCGACCAUUAACUUGUUGUAACUCAAAACUCAUUUUGAACAAAAUUUCCUGUUAUUCUUUUUAAAACUA